AUGAUACAUUUAAUUGGACCGAGGCUGAGCAUUUGCAGUGCGUCGCAAUGGACUCGCUUUCGCAAAUCACUCUGGAUCACAAGAAACCUGCAUUCAAGACUACGAGACACAUCCCAAUUCGUGAGUUUGAAAUCGGCCAGCAAAUUAAGACCUAUAUCGUCACCCGACUAUAUUGCGUCCCCGAACUCAAAGCUGAAAUCGCUCAUAUGGCAUAGGCCCUUGCAAAACGUUCUAAUUACCAAGAAGCCAUGGGCGGACAGUACUCGACAAGCCAUGGUUGACUUCAUCACCUAUCUACAUGAUUCCUAUCCAGAAAUCAAUGUGCUAGUGCAGCCGGACGUUGCAGAGGAAAUCGCCCAGGAGUUUGUCAAAAACCCACAAUCCAAUCCGAGCGAACCACACGUUUUGUAUACGGGCGAGAUCGAGGAUAUUGUGGACAAAGUAGAUCUUUUGGUUACGUUAGGCGGUGACGGAACUAUAUUGCGGGCAGUGUCCCUGUUUGGAAACAUGCCAGUGCCACCGGUGUUGGCGUUUUCCUUGGGCACAUUGGGGUUUCUACUGCCGUUUAACUUUAAAGAACACCAACAAGUCUUCGAGCAAGUGAUCAGUUCCCGCGCCAAAUGCUUGCACCGAACACGUCUUGAAUGCCACGUCAUUCGACGUGGGCCUAAAGGUACAACCUACGAGAGCGUGGCCCAUCAUGCCAUGAAUGAUAUCUUUCUACAUAGAGGCAAUUCGCCCCACUUGACCAACUUGGACAUUUUUAUCGAUGGAGAGUACCUAACAAGAACUACUGCGGACGGGGUCACUUUGGCGACGCCUACGGGCUCCACCGCUUAUUCUUUAUCUGCUGGCGGAAGUAUAGUGUCUCCAUUGGUGCCCUCAAUUUUAUUGACUCCGAUAUGUCCUCGUUCUCUUUCUUUUAGACCGCUAAUCUUACCACAGUCCUCCCAUAUAAAGGUCAAAGUCUGCUCCAAGCCUCUGCAGGGGCCAGAUAAUAAAGUUGUCAAACUUUCGAUCGAUGGGGUGCCACUAGAAGACCUCAACGUAGGUGACGAAAUUCACGUUGUGAAUGAAAUCGGGACAAUCUACGUGAACGGCUCGCAACUGCCUAGUUCUAAAGACAGCGACUCCACCAAGCAACGCCAUGCAAGUAAAGAGAAUUUUGGAAUACAUUGCAUUGCCAAGACAGAAAACGACUGGACUCGUGGCAUCAACGAGCUAUUGGGUUUCAAUUCCAGCUUCAGGUUUACGUCUCACAAGAACAGCUGA